AAACACGUUUAAAACAACGACAGAUCCCGAUUAAACCCGUGUCAUGUAGAUCUAUGAUACCAGAAGAGCGUGUCGAGCACAGUUUGACCCUAAAGUCGCGUUUUGUGUCGUUCUUCAAUCGCGUUUGAAGUGAAAGUGAGAGGAUCAUAACAGUGGAGGACUGCAGUGAGGUGAAGCUGUGCACACAUUAUGGCGAGUGUGCUGUGCAGGAGGGUGAGACAGGUGAGUCAGUCGUCUGUGGGUCACACACUGGCUCAGAGGAUCGUGGCCGUCAGAGGUUUUUCAGCAGCGGGUUCGUCUGGAUCAGAUGAGCCGUAUAUAGCUGUGCCAUCUCGAAACUCAGGUCCCAGGACAGUGUGGCCAGAUGAGACCAUGGGUCCGUUCGGGCCUCAGGAUCAGCGCUUCCAGUUGCCAGGCAAUGUGGGUUUCGACUGUCACCUGAAGGGUUCCGGGUUACAGAUGAAAGGGCCGGUACACAGGACGGUCCCGGAUGUUUUAACCGCCCCAUCCAGCACAGAGAGACACGAGUUCAUCCUCUCUCAGUUUGUGAAUGAGUAUCAGGGUGCGGCGCAGAGAGUCAGUAAAGCUGAACACUAUUUCAGUCAGUCAGAUGUGGAGUGCUCCAUGCGUUCCUGUCCAGAGCUGCUGAAGAAAGAGCUGGAGCUGUUUUUCCCAGUGCUGCCUGCGAGUCCCAUCACUGUCGUCACCGUAACACAGAGGAAGCAGAAGACGGCCGCAGAAGAUCAGAACCAAGAUCAACAGAAACUACUAGAUCAUUUUGUCAGAGGUGCUAAAGAAAUCUGCUUCACGCUGUGGAGAGGGGGAUACUGGGCCGAUUUCAUCAAUCCACUGUCAGGAAAAGCUUUUUUUGGCGCUCAGACGCCGGACUCUAUUCUACAGCGUCACGCUGGUUUUCACAUCGAGGACCUGGCGGCGUGUACGGUCAUACGACACGUCUUCAAGGAGACGUCCACGUUCGUCUUAACACUCAUCACUAACGCACCUUCCAACAGUCUGAUCAUGGAGAAACUUCAGGGACACGCCAGCGCCUCAGAGGACACGGACUGAUGGACGUUUGCAAACCUGAGCCAAAUCUACGUUCUGAUUCUUUUAGAAGAGAUUUUUGAAUAAAACUUGCUGGUUGUGAUGUUACAAAAUGAGCUUUUGAGAGUAACUGCGGUUGUGAGCGGAUUUAAAAAAAACAGCAAAAAUUAUAAUUUAUUUAAAAAAAAAAUAAUUUGAACACAGAUGUGAAUCCACAUGGUGCUUUACAAAACAUCAGCAGCCUUUGAGAGAACAUACUGUGUGUAAAACGUCAUCUAGAGUCGGGACAUCUGAAACAGAGGAAACCCAACCAGUGCCACAAUGACUAACAAGAUUUUUUUAUUUAUUUUUUGGUAAACAAAUCACGAUUUUAGUACAAUAGAAUAUUAUUGGAUAAACGGUUCGACCUCUACCAGCAAUUGCAGAAGUUCCAGAAUGAACGAGUGGAAAAGCGGGAAGAAUUCCUCAUGUUCCUUCAGCUUUACGAUGAGACUGUGAAAUGCAACACAAACACCAACUGUCUGCAGUUUACAAAUGAAUAAAGGAGCCUUUUUGGGGUAAAAUAAAA